GUAUAAGAACUUGAAGGCUACAGAUGUAAGGAUGUCUGAACUGAUACUGUGAACCAGCUGGGAGCCUACCUUUGCACGUAAGCAAUCAGGACUUUAUGAGUAUAAAAUCUUUGGUGGUCUUGCUGACUGUCCCCCAAAACUGUGUGUGGAUGUCUAUAUGGACUUAGAUUUCAGAAAACAAUGGGAUCAGUAUGUUAAAGAACUAUAUGAGAAAACAUAUGAUGGUGAAAAAGUAAUCUACUGGGAAGUGAAGUACCCUUUUCCUCUCUCAAACAGAGAUUAUGUCUAUAUUCGUGAAUGUCGAGAGAUGGAUGUUGAUGGGCGGAAGAUCUGGGUUGUGUUAGCUCAAAGUGUGUCUGUUCCUCAGUGCCCUGAAAAGCCUGGUAUUACCAGAGUUAAAAGCUAUAAACAAAGUCUGGCAAUUGAAAGUGAUGGCAAGACUGGAUCUAAAGUCUAUAUGUACUAUUUUGAUAAUCCUGGUGGCAUGAUUCCAUCAUGGCUGGUCAAUUGGGCUGCCAAGAGUGGUGUGCCUACUUUCUUGAAGGAUAUGCAAAAAGCUUGCCGUAAUUAUUCUAAGAGCACAUAGAUCGAAGUUGAUCUUAAUUGUCUAAUUCCUAGAGCUCUGCACUUACAGGAGUGGCUAUUAUAUAUUACACUGGAUAAAAUCUACCUCUAAUAUUGGAAAGAAUUUUAUUUUAGUUGGUUUAGAAUUUUAUUAGAUCUUUGUUUCCAUCUCCAACUGAAGAGCUAGCCACUGACAAGGUAACACCAACAUCAGCUGCAUCCUUUUGAAAGUACUUAAGUUUAGCUUUGUCCCCCAUGCUUUGCGUAUGCUGAUUGUCAUGUGUCAGCUAGAGGACUUAUGUUGAUUGAAGUAUUACAUCCUUGGAUAAGAGACAACAAUCUUGCUACGAAAAAUAUCUGAACUUGGACUGAAAAUUCUCUGUGUGUGUUAUGCCUGGAUCUGCCUUUGUGGCCUUGCAGGGUGGCUUCGUUCUGAAAUUGAAUAAUGGAACUUGCAUUGCUUAGGAGGAAACACUUUUGCUACCCAAGUUUGUCAUUCUUCAACUGUCUGCCUGCUAUAAACCUGAAAAAUGCUGAGGGCAUAUAGGCAAAUUACUAGAAGUCUGCAGUAGGAACUGGAACUCUGUGUUACUAAGCUUCCUCGUGAUGGCUUUAAGUCCAGAUGUAAAAGGACUUGUGCCUGAAGUCUUGCAUUCACAUCUCAAUACCCCUGUAUAAAAAGUAGAAACCAUUAGCUGUGUCCAGCUAGAAAAAAAGGAGGAGUUGGCUUCCAUGUCUGAUUUAAGGGGAAUAAGUUAUACCUUCAGAGUCAGUAGCCUUAUCUAUAAAGUAGCUUGGAUACCAACUUGAAAUUGGAAGUAAUUUUAAACUGGAUGCCUGCAACUCAAUGUGAAUGAAUUUGAUGUGAAACUUGGGCUUGCUUGCAUUUUUAAAUUUCAUGCUGAUGUAAAGAAUAAUGCUGUAAUUUUGGAUGGUAAUCCACUAAAAGCACAACUGAUCAGGAAAUUAAAUGUCCAGCACCUUU